AUGUCUGAAGACACAGCUCAGCGACCUGAGGCUAAGGAUUUUGCCCUUUCUGCGCCUCCAAAAUUACCGUCCAAGGUCUUCGCUCAGUCCCCGUAUAUCACGAAACCAGCACAGGAGCCGCAGUCCAUCAGGACGGUCUCACGCUGGAUUGUCAGUGGCCUGGUUAUUACGUUUGAGGAGGGCCUAGCAAGGGCCAACCGACUGCGCGCCGCGCGAGGAGAUGAACCUCUCCAGGACGUCCGAGGCGACCACUGGUCGGUCCUCAUGGAGCUUGACCAGAGAGGGAGCUUGACCAGAGAGUGCAGGAACUUCAUGGAUAUGGAGCUAUGGCAGGUGCCGCUCGUCAAUGGGAAAGCGACCCUCACGCCGGAGCAGGCGAAGUCUGGUCCAAUCGAAAGCAUGGCUGCAGAGACGCUGAAGGAACAGGAGCCGAUGACACCGAGAGUUACCGCAAGCAUGGAACCAGCACAGAAGCCACGGCGCGUCAGGACAGUCGAUCGCUGGAUCGUCGGCGGGCUCCUUAUCAAGUUUGAGGAGGGCCUUGCAUGGGCCAACCGGCUGCGCGCCGCUCGAGGAGACGAACCCCUCGAAGACACCCAACGCGACCACUGCUCGAUUCUCAUAGACAUCGACACGAGGGUGCGGGAACUCCGCGGGUAUGGAGCUAUGUAUUGGGGGCGUAGUACCGGGGACCCGGUAAAGUGCUCGCACUUCCUGAUUAUUACGAGAUAUGAUCCAGGGCGGGUGCCGCUCGUCAAUGGGAAAGCAACCCUCACUCGGGCGCAGACGAAGUCAGGUCCAAUCGAGCGCAUGGCUGCGAAGACGUUGAAGGAGGACGAACAGGUGGAGUUCAUAGGGUUUUACGCUUUUCCUUCUACGAUGCCGCCUGACUGUUGA